AUGACACUAUUGCACGCUAUCGCUCUACCCGGAGUAGCAACAGUCAAUCAUCAAGUUUCGCAUGUCAUGGAAAAUACUAUUGUACCUCUUUUGCAGGUCGAUGCUGAUGGUAAUGGGGAGAUUGAUUUCGAGGAGUUCUGUGCGUGCAUGAAAAAGUCUCAAAAAAUCAUAAAAUCUACAAAUGAGGAACUCAUAAGAGAGUGUUUUGACAUAUUUGAUCAAGAUCACAAUGGUAUAAUCACAGAAAGUGAAUUUAAGUACAUUGCGAAGGAGUUUGGAGAUUUCACUGAAGAAUUGGCUGAACGCGUUUUUCGUGAGCUGGACGUAUCUGCGAAUGGGCAUUUGUCUGCCGAUCAGUUCGCCACAAUUAUGGAGGAUUACCUGUUGUCGGAUUCCAGUAAACUUGAACAAGGUGAAGAAUGA